UGAUCUAUUGAUUGUUAUGAUAUUUUUAAUGUUAAUUGUUUGCUGAUUGUUAUUAAUGGAAAACAAAAAUAAAUAUUAAAUUAGUUUCAUUUGAUUGUGAUCACGUAAAUAAAGAUAUGAUUAACUAAAUCAUCUGGCAAUUUGUUUUUUCAUCAUUACUAUUAAUUGUAUCGUAAAUGUUAUUGUUAUGAUUAAGUUAAUUGUCAUCGAUGAAAAUAUCAAAGAUGUGACUUUAGUUACUAUUAGUUAAUUGAUUGUCCAAUUUAUUUUAUACUCUUAAUUGUUUACUUAUAAACUGAUUACCAUUGACGUAAUACUAAAUUAUGAAUAUUCAUUUUGCGAUUAAAAUUAAAUUGAUUAGUUUUCUUAUCAACAAUUUAACAUUCACUCUCAAAAUUCAUCAAUUAAAGUUAAUUGUUGUUGGGAAAUAUUUUUUCACUAAUUCCUUGGAUAUGAUAAAUUGUUAUUAGAUCAACAAAGUGAACAAAACAUGAACACAAUUAAAUAAUCGGCUUAAAUUAAUUGUUGUUGUUUUAUAAAAACCUGACUUAUCUAUGAUCAAUUGAAUUAUGGAAGUUAAUUGUUUGAGGUUACUAUUAAUAGAUUGCUGGGUGAGAAUUUAAAUUUUUUUAAUCCACAAUUAAGUAUAUAAGAGUGAGAGUUAAAUUGUUUCAAGUUAAUUUGGUUAGCUGAGGUUUCGGUGGUAAGAUAAUUGUUAUAUUGUUUUGCUCGAGUGUUAAUCUAGUCAUUAUUUGGUGUUAAUUGUGAUUGUUGAUUAAUUGUUGAAUUGUAAUUCUUUAUCAUGGUUAAUUGUUCAAAGUUUUUCUUUUUGAUGACAAUUUACGCAAGUUACGCCAUUUUGUUGGCUCAAAGUGAAGAUCAGUCAAGACGUUUAGAGCGAUCUUUGAAUCGACGAGGUGACCUUGUUGAUCGUCGGGAGCGAUUUAGUGAUGAUCAUCGAGUGGGAGAUAAACUUAGAUUAUCAUCAUCAUUAGAAAGUGACACUAGUGUUAAUCAACGAUUAAGAGAGGAUCGUCUUCGAGUUGAUGAAUUAAGUCGAGAUGUAGAUCGACGAUUAGAAAGUGAAUCAGUGAACCGUCGAGUUGAAGAAAAUCGUAUUCGAGAUGAGCGUUUAGAUCGUUAUGAAAGAACCGAAGAGGAAGAUAAUCGAAGAGAUCGAAGUGAUCGACGAGUUGAAGAUCGAAGUGAAAGGUCAAAUGAUCGAGUAGAAUUACGGAGAGAAGAAAAUCGUCGAACUGUUGAUGAUCGUGUUCGAGAAAUUUCACCAGAGCAAAGGAGAGAAGUUCAAGUUCGAGAUGAGGUUAGAACUACUGAUCGGGUUCAAGAUCGAAUUGACUCUCGACGUGAAGAGGAACGAAUCAGAAGUGACCGAACAAUUGAUCGACAAAAUAAACGAGAAGAGGUCAACCCUAUGGACGAAAGACGGAGGUCAAAUGACGGAGAAGAUCAAGUUGAACGAAGAUCAAUCGAAAUUGAAACCAGUAAGUUGAUACGACGAUCGAGGGACAAUCGAUCAGAGGAUAAACAAUCAGAUGAGAAAACAAUUAAUCCACCAAGUGAAUCACAACAAUUAACCAACAUUUUAGGUCAAUUGGUUGGUUUAAUUGUCUCAAUCGUUUUGAUUAACAGUCCAACCAAAGGUGGUUAUGUUAGUAAAGUGAAACAAUUAUUCACAAUUAACGAGGUAACAAUUUAAUUGACUAAUUGAACACAAAAUCAAAAUUAAUUUCUUUUCCUUUUAAUUAUUGACAACGAUUGUUAAUUGAUUAUUUUUUCCCUUAUACCAAAAUCUAUAAGUAAAUUGUAAUUUAAUUGUGUUUAUUUUCUUUUAACUUGAUUAACUUCACUAUAAUUAACCAAUUGUGUCCAUGUAUGAUUUUCAUUAUUUAGUUAAUUAGUUAAUAAAAUCUGACAUUUCAUUCACUAAGCACAAUC